CCUGCGACAACACGUAUGAUGAAACGUCACUGCCACGUAGAGGAGCAACUUCACGCGCAUCGCUGCUGGUUCUCAAAACUUUCUCAAACAUUUUAGUCAGCUGUUUUGUCGGGCUUUUUCUUCGGAAGGUUUGAACGUGGCAGCAUGCUGCUGACCGUGCUGAGCUGCCUCUGCUCCUCUCUGCUGUCUGUCAGCGGGGGGAAGCUGCCUGAAGCUGAGGUGAACAUAGAAGUCCUGCACAGACCUUUUCUCUGUCACCGACAAUCAAAGUACGGAGACAUACUGCUGGUACAUCAUCAGGGAUACUUUGAGAAUGGGACCAUGUUUCAUGACAGUCGGACCGAAGGUGACAAACAGGCAGUGUGGUUUACACUGGGCAUCAGAGAAGUGAUCAAAGGCUGGGAUAAAGGCCUGCAGGACAUGUGCUCUGGAGAGAAGAGGAAACUCAUCAUACCUCCAGCUCUGGCCUAUGGGAAGGAAGGAAAAGGUAAGAUCCCACCUGAAAGCACACUGACCUUCGUCAUCGAGGUGCUUGAGAUCAGAAAUGGGCCGAGGUCACACGAGUCCUUCCAGGAGAUGGACCUCAACGAUGACUGGAGGCUCUCCAAGCAUGAGGUGAAAGUGUAUCUGAGGAAAGAGUUUGAGCGUCAUGGCUACGCUCCCAACGACACUCUACACGAGAACAUGGUGGAGGACAUCUUUGCCAAAGAGGACGAGAACAAAGACGGCUUCAUAUCGUCCAGAGAGUUUACUUACAAACACGAUGAACUUUGAAUUCUCUUCCAGUCCCAUGAACCACUCACUUGCCCAUAGUAUCUUCCAGUUGUCAUUGAUUUUUGGUGGAAAUACUUUUAUUUUUUUAUUUUUAUUGUCAGCAUGAAAAGUAAUUCAUUUUAAUAGAAGCACUGUGUUUGUCUUGUGCUUGACAUGGAAACUCCUCCUGUGUAGAGCCGUGUGGUGAGCUCUGAGCCAACGGGUUUGUUUCACUGAUGUUUUUUACUUUUCAUUUUUGUGUUUACUUCUGCAAGAGCCCAUUCUACUCUCCCCACAAUGUUUUAAGGAUUUAAAUGUUAUGCAGUUAUCAUUGUCACUAAUAUCAGAGGUAACAGACGCUGAGCAAAUGCUUUUAGUGGCAGUGCAUCCUGUGGGCAGGCAAUGUAAGUAGAUUACGGUUGCCAAGUUUGGCUGUGAAAUUCCCCUUAAUGGAAAUCCAGUGUUGAUUUCCUUUACAAAAUGUUACCAGAUCAAUGUAGUUUACCUUUUGUGGGUCCAUUAGGAAAGAAAGUGCUUUUGCUUCUUUUUUUUCUCUGUAUGGUAAACGAAUCAGUCGACCUCAGAUAAUAUAGAUUGUCAUUAAAUCAGGCUUAAGUGUUAUCAUAUUGAUUAGUUUGUGUGUAUUUGAGUUAAGUCAUGACAAUGCCAACUUUGAUAUUUUUAAUUUCUAUUCAGAAUGUGUAUUUUUUAAAGGACCACAGUGAUCAUUAGUUUUCCAUGGCAGACAUGAUGACUUGACAUAGCAGGAAAAGCAGGUGUAACCAAGAAUUGCUCAGUUUAAUUUUCUGUAAGUGCUCCCAGUAAGCCAGCAUACACCGUACUCAGGACCUGGCACUGGUAAACCCAAAUGGAAUGCAGCCAGCAUUGACGUUAUUAGAGACACCUGUUUGCACAUGUGUACACUCAAAUGUCAAUGCAGAAAGGAUAUAUUGUUCAGCCCUGCUCUGCAACUUCCAUGGAAUCUCAUUCUGAUUUUUAAUUAAAUAAAAAUUCACAGAACUUU